CUGCUCGGCGACAAAGGCAGGAGAAGCGAGCCGGUGGAUCCAUGACGGUUAAGAUGGUGGAAACAAAAGCGUAGGGAGCGGUAGGCCUGCGCCCCCCCGCAAAGACCGAGUCCGCGGUACAGUCUAACCCGCCUUUCGCCCCGAGCAGACGCUCAGGCUGCUCGCCGGGAAAUGGAGAAGAAAAGGUGGGAUUGCAGUGCUCUCCCCAAAGGCUGGAAAAUGGAGGAAGUGACCAGAAAGUCGGGUUUGUCCGCCGGGAAAAGCGAUGUCUAUUACUUUAGCAGAGGAGAAGAACACGAUGAGGAGCAAAGGCAAGACAGGGGGGAGGCGGGUCGUUUGUAUAGUUUGUGUCCAUCAGGGAAGAAGUUCCGGAGCAAGCCUCAGCUGGCCCGUUACCUUGGUAACCAGAUGGACCUCAGCUCCUUCGACUUCCGUACCGGGAAGAUGCUGAUGAGCAAGCUGAACAAGAACCGGCAGCGCCUGCGCUACGACAACAACAACCAGAACAAGGGGAAACCUGACCUGAACACCUCCCUCCCGGUCCGUCAGACAGCCUCCAUCUUUAAGCAGCCCGUUACCAAGGUUACCAACCAUCCCAGUAACAAAGUGAAGACGGAUCCUCAGAAGGCUGUCGACCAACCUCGACAGCUGUUCUGGGAGAAGAAGCUGAGCGGCCUGAACGCGUACGACAUCGCUGAGGAGCUGGUGAGGACCAUGGAGCUGCCCAAAGGACUGCAAGGCGUGGGCCCCGGCUGCACGGAUAAAACGCUGCUGUCGGCGAUAGCGAGCGCGCUCCACACCAGCGCCGCCCCCAUCACCGGCCAGCUGUCGGCCGCGGUGGAGAAGAACCCGGGGGUGUGGCUUAACACCGCUCAGCCGCUGUGCAAGGCCUUCAUCGUGACCGACGAGGACAUCAGGAAGCAGGAGGAGCUGGUGUACAGCGUGAGGAAGCGGCUGGAGGAGGCGCUGAUGGCCGACAUGCUGGCGCAGGUGGAGGAGGCGGCCCAGGAAGGAGAACCCCCAAAGGAGGAGGGCAACGGCAGCGAGGACACGGAGAACGUAUAGGGGAGGGGCCGUUCAUUCAGGCGGAGUCAGGAAGCCCCGCCCCUCGCAGCCCAACCGUCCCUCCAGGACAGCUCGGCUUCACUUUCAUCAGAACCUGGGGGGGGGAUCCCGGACCGUCACGGACCAGGAACGAAAAUAAAAACCAACCAAUGACUCCAACUUUGACCCUCGACUGACCGCCGGCGAGCAGCGCGUUUUUACAGAGACGCUUGUGACAAUCACGGCGAUUCCAACCGUGUCAGCUGAUCGUCUUCUUCCUGGGUCCUCUGGGUCCAGUUUUUGUACUUUUUUAGAUGGAAAUGUGUUUGUGUGCUGCAGGAGGGAUCUGGUGAUCCGCUCCUAACCGGAUCCCCGGCAGUCUGAUGCCUGAGCAGCACGCCUCCAUAUGACGCUUCGACGAUUAAAGCUUCAGUCAGAUGUCUCAUUUGGAUCAGAA